AUGACAACCAUGAAAAGAAGCAGAGAAGAUAAUGGACAAGUGGAAGCAGAAGCCAUGGCUAAUUGCGCCUUGAUGCUUUUAUCGCGUUUAAACAAUAACAAUGACUUUGCAUGCAAGACUUGUAAUAAACGAUUUCCAUCUUUCCAAGCCCUUGGUGGACAUCGUACAAGUCAUAAUAAAAAACCAAAAUUACUUGGAGAAACCAACCAAAAGAGUAAGGUGCAUAAAUGUUCUAUUUGUGGUAUGGAGUUUGCAUUGGGUCAAGCAUUAGGCGGACACAUGAGACGGCACCGUGAUGAAAUUAAUAAAGUUACGUCUCAUGAAAAGACUAUAAUUCCAAUUUUGCACAGCAGCAAGAGGAUUAGCAUUUUUGGGGUUAACUUAAACAUAACACCCAAUGUUGAUGAUUUGAAGUUAUGGCCGAUCGAAGAGGCUCCAUCACCUGUCUUGCGAAUAUUUUUUUAA